AAAUCACACAACACUUUUUUCUAUGAUUUGUUUUCUAUUUCUGGUUCUGGGGAAGAUGAUGACGAAUGUUUUCGUAAAUUUAAUUACAAAUAUCUAAAAAGUGCAAACAAAGAAAAGACAUAGUGGUUUAGUGACUCUUCAAGUCUUCAAACACAAAAUAAUUUGUUAUCAAGGUUAAGUGAGUCAGGCGUUUUUAUAGUCUAUGUUUGAAUACAAUACAAUAGAAGUAAAUUGCUUUGCAUUAACAGCAAGAAUAACAUUUCACAAUGUUAUUUGAUAACAUAAGGAGGUGUCUUGCGGCUCAACCUAAUUUAACUUAUGAUGAAGCAUGUUUAGAUAUCACCAAUACACUAAAUGAGACUGUGAGACUCUUUUAUCAAUAUGAUGAAUGUUACAAAUGCGACUUUCAAAAUUUAACUGUUCUUCAGCCAAGUAAAUGGACUUCUGUUCUUGUGAGAACUAGCUCUCCUCUUCAAAUAGAUUAUUUACUUAAUAACAACAAGUCAAAGUGCCAUUACCGUCAACUUCUUCAAGAACAUUAUCGAUAUGGGCUGAACGUUUCAAAUUCUUGUGGCCCUAUUUAUAUUAAAGACCCAGCAGAUAAUGCAUAUCUACCGAUACUUAUGGCAUUUGUGAUAUUAUUUUCAUUUGGAACAUUUUGGUAUAUGGUUAAAUGUAUUUACAAAAACAGUGGUAGAGUAAGACAACUAUUAACAUGGACUACAGAGAUGGAGGAAUAUCGCAUUUUAAAUCUUCAGGAUUUGAUUGGUUCAUCGGCAGGAACACCAGUUGUUUUCGAACGACCACCAGUAGCCUUGCUCAAACAUCCUAAUCGCUUAAAAUCCGUUGAUACAUUUAGAGGUUUGUGUAUUGGACUCAUGAUAUUUGUUAAUUAUGGAGGAGGGCAGUACUGGUUUUUUAAACACUCUGUAUGGAAUGGUUUAACCAUUGCUGACUUGGUAUUCCCCUGGUUUCUGUGGUUAAUGGGAUUAUCACUGACUAUAUCUAUUCAAAAUAAACUAAGAGCUCUUGUACCUAGACGACUUAUGGUUUUUCAAAUACUCAGAAGAACUCUUAUAUUGAUUCUUCUCGGAUUUCUGCUAAAUUCGAACAAAAAUUUGUCGACAGUCGCCGAUCUUCGAAUACCAGGUGUACUUCAAAGAAUUGGUUUGACCUAUAUGGUUGUAGGGCUGAUUGAAGUUUGCUUCAUUAAAAGAUCUGAAACUGAGACCACUAACUGGGCAUCAGACCUGCUAUCUUCAUGGCCCCAGUGGAUAGUAGUAUCAUCUUUAGUUUUUGUUCACACCUGCGUAACUUUUCUUGCCGAAGUUCCCGGUUGUGGCAAAGGUUACAUAGGGCCAGGUGGAUUGGGAGAUCAUGGAAAACUUGAGAAUUGUACAGGAGGUGUUGCUGGAUACAUCGAUCGACAACUGUUUGGAAAUCAUUUGUAUUCAGAUCAAAAUUUGGAGAAAGUAUAUGAAAUUGAAAAUAAGUUUGAUCCUGAAGGUUUUCUUGGCACAUUGACAUCCAUCCUUACUGUAUAUUUGGGAGUGCAAGCUGGAAGAAUCUUAAGAACCUAUCAGGAUGUUAGAGGAAGAAUGUAUAGAUGGAUAGCGUGGGGCAUUAUACUUGGACUUCUUGGUGGAGGUCUGUGCACAUUCUCUAUAAACGACGGUCCCAUUCCGUUAAAUAAGAAACUCUGGUCUCUUUCAUACACAUUUGUAACAGCUGGUAUGGCGUUCCUAAUCCAAGCUGGUCUAUUCUUAUUUGUAGACAUCUUACGGAAAUGGGGUGGCAGGCCGUUGUUCUACCCAGGCAUGAAUCCCAUCAUUGUCUACGUUGGGCACGAGCUCAUGAAGAAUACGUUUCCGUUCGGAUGGAAACCGACAGUUAUCACCCAUGGUACCUAUCUGUUUAUGAAUCUAUGGGGCACCUUCUUAUGGUUUUGUAUUUCGAUUUGGAUGUACAAGCAUAACAUAUUUUUCAAAAUAUAGUAGUCGAGUUUGUGAUAUAGUUAUAAUGUAUAUAAAUUUGUUUAUUGUUAAUAACCACUGAUUCUUUCUAAAUAGAUAUAGCAUUGACUGAUCAGACAUUAGAUAUAGUAGUAUGGUAUAACUAGACCCAAACCCAGACAUCCAAAGUGAAAGUUCCAACACCAAAUUAUUCUAUAUGGUCCACGUAAUGUUCAGAUGUUCAGAAAAAAUCACACCAUUUUGAGCGUCGGGCUUGGGAGGGGGAGGGGGGGGAGGGAGGAGAAAUCGGUAAAUUCGUAGUUUUUUACGUUUUUCGGCAAUAUUUCUAAAACUAUGCGGUUUAGCAUGAACAACCUUCUAUACAAAAAUGUUCUACAUUAAAUUUGAAAUAAAAAAGGUCCGGUGCAUAAUUCUUCCAACAUGAACGGUUCCAAAGUUACGGAGGUAGUAUAGUAUAAUUGGUCCAAAAAAACGGCAUAACCUUGUCAUCCCAAAUUAAAGUUUUCCACUAACACCAAAUUGUUCUAUAUGGUCCACAUAUUGUUCAGUAAAAAGUUACACCAUUUUGACCGUCCGGUUUGAGGGUAGAUGGGGGAAAAGUCGGUAAAUUAGUAGUUUUUUUAAAUUUUUCGUCAAUAUUUGUAAAACUAUGCUUUAGCGUAAACAAUGUUAUAUACAAAAAUAUUAUACAUAAAAUUUAAAACAAAAAAGGUCCUAUACAUAAAAUCAACGGUUCCAGAGUUACGGAGGGUGAAAAGAGGAUAUUUUCGAUACUUUUUAUAUAUUUUGGGCAAUUUAUAAUAUUAUUACUGAUGAAAAUUUCUUUGUAACAGGAUUGUGUUUUGUAAAUAAAAUUUGCUAUUUCAGUGGCCGAUAGUAAGUUAGUGAUAAGCCAUUGAAGAAACGUCAACCUCACCACCCAAAAGCAUCAUCAAUUGCCCAAAUAAUAUAAAAAGUAACGAAAGCCUCCACUUUUCACCCUCCGUAACUCUGGAACCUUUGAUUUUAUAACAAUUAUGUAUAGGACCUUUUUUGUUUUAAAUUUUAUGUAGAAUAUUUUUGUAUAGAACAUUGUUUACGCUAAAGCAUAGUUUUAGAAAUAUUGACGAAAAACGUAAAAAAUUACUAAUUUACCGAAUUCUCCCCCAUCUCCCCCCCCAAAACCGGACGCUCAAAAUGUGUAACUUUUUACUGAACCCACAAGGAAAAAGUUUUCCUGUAGUUGGCUGUAUACCAUGUAAUACAAAAAAACAGUAAAAUCCUGUAUAAAAGGUAUAUUUAAAAAAAACCCUUAAAAGGGCAACAUCAAAUUCACAUAACUAGUUUUCGACUGGUUUACCAGUCAUCAUCAGUGUUUACCUAAAAUGAAUAUAACCUGAUAAAAAAGGCAAAGAUGUUGAAAUUUUGACUAGGGUUAAAAUAGUCGGUUAUACUCACGUGCAAUGUACAUGCUAACCACCAAGAUAGUAUUAUACAAAAAUAUGUGGGUCAAAGCCCAGUAAAAGUAGUCCGUCAAGGAAACAUUGGUAUAAAAUGCUACCUUAAGCCUGGAUGUUUAAAAUAUUAUCUAAUUUGCCCUAGGUAACAUCUGAGAUCUAGAUAUGACUUGUUCACAUGUUGGAAGUGAGACGGCAAGUGACAAUGAAAUGGUUGGGAACCUCGGAACGAUGACAAGACAAACGACAGUUCCACAGGUAGUUAAAAAAUUUUAAAAUUUUUUUAAAUAUGACAGGUUAUUUUUUAACUACCUGUGGAACUGUCGUUUUAUUUUUAAAUAUGACAGGCUAUAACUGUGCAACAUAAGAAGUACGAAAGUAAAUGGCGCUAAUAAUUAUUCCAAUAAACAACAAUGUAAUUUGCAAUUUACUUUCGUUCUUCUUAUUUUGCACAGUAAAAUAUUCGUUGUCGAAGUAAUCCAAAACAGGCGUAUGUUCGUAGAAUAGGGUAUAGCACAUUUUUGUAUAGAAGGUUGUUCAUGCUAAACCUUAGGAAUAUUGACGAAAAACGUAAAAAACUACGAAUUUACCGAUUUCUACCUCCUCUCCCCCCCCCAAACCCGACGCUAAAAUGGUGUGACUUUUUUCUGAACAUUACGUGGCCAUAUAGAACAAUUUGGUGUUGGAGGAUAACUUUCACUUUGGAUGUCUGGGAUAUGCCAUUAUUUGGAUCAACUGUAUCAUACUAUAGGGUGUAUUUUCUUUCUUUUUAGCAUAUGUUGAUAGUUUUAUACUAUUUAAACGGAAGGUAUUUAAAAUUACAUUAAUUUUUUAAAUAAUAAGUAAAACUUUCGAUUGAAACAAUAAUAUUGUAAUUGCUAUUAAUUUGGUACAUAGCUAGCAUGUUUUAUUUAAUUUUUUAGUUUUUAUUCAAUUUAAAUUAUCCUUUCGUCUUACGAACUGUACUUGCCAUCUUUAACAUCUUUAUCGGAUGUACUUAUACAGUGUCACCCAUUUAGAUUUUAACCAUUGUUUAAAUGUUUCAUAAUAAAAAGUCUACUUCGGGACAUAAUUUAAAAUUUUUAUUCAAAUUUCCAAAGUACGCUACGAUACUUUUUGUUGGUCGAAAAUGGAGAAUUUUUAUUAAAAAAAUUUCUACGCCACGGGUUUAGAGUGACUUCAAAAAGUAAUGAUUAUAAUACAGAAGUUAUAACAACUUACCUCAACACCUUAUUUCGCUUAUAACUGAACUAUACGAACACACUACUGGAUCAGUUAAAGUUCUUGACACACUUUCACACGAAUUUCAUCCAGAACGGGGUGUCAGACAGGGAUGUAUACUGUCUCCACAGUUAUUUAAUAUAUAUGGAGAGCAUAUUAUGAGAAGAGCACUUGAAGGAUGGAAAAAAGGCAUCUCAAUAAAUGGUCAUAAAAUAAACAACCUACGUUUCGCAGAUGACAAACCCCUUCUUGCAAAUAGUCAAGCAGAGCUGAUUGAUCUUAUACGACUGGUUGAAAACGAAAGUCAAAUGUUUGGUCUGCAAUUAAACAUAUCAAAGACAAAGAUCAUGAUAGUGGAUAGACUACAUAACAAUCAUCUACACAUAACCACAAUUGAUCGGUUUGAGGUUGUGAGCUCAUACUUAUAUCUGGGAUCAUUAAUCACAAACACAGGGUCACUACAAGAAGAAAUAAAACGUAGAUGUGAUCUAGCAAAAGUCGCCACAGCAAAAAUGACCACAAUAUGGAAGGACUGUCAAAUUUCAAGAGCGUUAAAGAUUAAGUUGAUCAACUGCUUAAUAUUCCCAAUACUGACCUACGGAUGUGAAUCUUGGACCCUGAGAAAUUCGGAAAGAAGAAAGAUAGACGCCACUGAAAUGUUCUGUUGGAGACGAAUGCUACGAAUUCCUUGGACCGAUCAUAGAACAAAUAAUUCAAUUUUAAGAGAGCUUAAAGUUAGCCAACGACUCUCCAGUAAAGUCCAUCUCCAACAAUUAAAAUACUUUGGACAUGUUAUGAGAGCAAACACAGAAAACAUGGAAAUACUCAUUAUACAAGGAAAGGUGGAAGGCCGAAGAUCACGAGGAAGAUCCCCAACAAGAUGGAUCGAUCAGAUUACGGGAAUAUGCAAAAGACCCAUGCAUGAGUUAAAAGAAAUGACCAGAGACAGAGAUCUUUGGAAACGGACAAUACACUCCCUCCGGGGGGUCAGGAUUGACGAGAGAGAGAGAGAGAGAGAGAAAGAGAGAGAAAGAGAGAGAGAGAGAGAGAGAGAGAGAUAACAACUUAGUUUUAAAACUCACUAAGCUGCGAGUUGAAGUAACACUCUUUAUCAAGAGUAUCUUGAUCACUAUCAACACUUUUAUUAAUUUGUAAAAUAGGGCUUAUCAACGCUUCUCAUAUGUUUUGGGCUUUUGUCAUAUAUCAUAAUACUAAGUGCGUUCGCGGAUAACUGUCGGCGACUAGUCGUUGACACCUACUAACCUCACCUAUUAUAAAUAAAUAAAAAAAUAUUUCGUCUCGGCACCCGUAUGAUUUAUAAUUUUUGAAAAUCACGGGGGGUAGUAACCAGAGAAAUUUCCACCUGUUGUCAAUCUGGUGGUAUGGGAACGAUAUUUAUUAUCGUUUUCUGUGCUACUUAAUUGAUAACUUAUUUUGUUUCUCGCUAGAUGUCUCUAGGAUAUCCGCGGCAUUUCUUUCUUUGCACUUCGGAAGGUCCCAAAGCGAAGUACCUGGUUAAAUUGGAGAGAAGAGGAUAUGGGACUACUGAUGAGGGGAAAAAACCCCGAAACCGGUAUAGACUCUUCCUGCACUCUCCGAUUUAACUAGAGUAUAAUGCUGCUGCAUUUUCGGAUUGCAAAGAAAUUGAAAAUGUUUAUACAUUUUUAUUAUAAAUAAUACCGUUAAUAGAUAUACAAGAUAUAUUUACUUUUAAUUAUUAUUAAUAACUAAUUAUUAAAUUACACUAGGUAAAUAUACCUAUCAACGGUAUUAUUUAUAAUAGGUGAGGUUAGGAGUUGUAUCAGCGAACGUACUUAAUAUUAAUAUAUUUACGUCAUACGUCUUUGGUUUGUAUCAUCGGUAUAUAAACUCAGUUCGCUCAACUGAGAUUCAUUUUGAGAUUCAGAGUAAGAAACAUACAACACAAAAAUUCCUACCCCGCAUUAUUAACAGCUCAAAUAAACUUACUCUCUUUAAAAAAGAAGAAUUAUUGGAAAUAGUGGGAGUGUGUACUAAACUCAUACAAUUUUGUGGAAUUUAUUUCCUCAAAAUAUUUUUAUUUUCCGCAAAAAAUAUUUUUUUCAUUUGUUAUCAAUACAGGUGUAAAUAAAUAAUUAUUGAUUGGCGUAAGAUCUAUGUUAUUUAUGUCUGUUUACUAUUAAUAAUAUUGGGUAUGAGCACGUGUGUUUGGUUGUAUAGUAAUUAGUAAUUUCCAGCCACGUCUAGUCUGUCAAAAUGUAAUCUGUCGCAAAAAAAAAAUACUAAAAUUACUAGACAGUUGUGUCUCGAGCUUAGCGAACCGACUAUACCAAUAACGUAUGACUUAGACACAGUAUAAAGAGGGACAGUAAAACUACUCUCCGAAAAAUUGGAAGUAAAAUCUGUAGUCUCGCAUGGCGACAGCGCAAUGUUCUUAGUCGCUUUUGCCCCACUCUCGCAUUGCUAAUCGCAUAGAAACGUACGGAUUUUAACAUGGAAAACCCGCAUCCACCACUGGUGAAUUACCAAUUGCGUACUGCCGGUAUUACUUCUUGAGAUCAAAGUGCCGACAGAGGAGUGGUUUUACUGUGGAACCUCUAUAUACUGUGACUUAGAUAUAUUAAUAUUAUGACAUAUGACAAAAGCCCGAAACAAAUGAGAAGCGUUGAUAAGCCCUAUUGACUCUUAAAAUCUAAAAUACAGACUGACUUAUUCAGCAGCAAAAACUGGCUUAUAUACUCGUGCAUAACUAAUUUAUAGAAAACUGUCUUAUGUUUCUGACGGAUUUCGUACCGUCUUGACCAUAGAUAUAAUAAUCUGUAGAUUAGGCAAGGUAUGGGCCGCUCUGUGGAUCGAGUUGUAACGUCAAUAUUAAGGGUAAGAACAGAACAAGUGGGUCGAGGUGGAGGUGUAGGUCGCGGUGGAUGCUACUAGUUAAGUCGCGGUCGAUGUCGACAGCACAUAGCAAGGAGGUCACCUGCGCUGUCAGUCGAGCUAGAACCACUAUCAAGUGAAGUAGUUUAAUGAAAUUUGAAUGCCAAAAUUUUGUGCUUUUGUGAUGUUGUGUCAGUCAAGUGAUGAUAGUGAUGAAAUGUCAGCUGGAAAUAAUCAGAUCCUCCUUCAUAUUUCAAAAAUUUACUGAAUUUAAUUACUUUAGAAAUACAAAAACCUUCAAAAUUAGAAAUUCAAUUACCUCGACACCAGAAGGUACAAGAGGACGGCUUAAGUAAGUAAGAAAUUCAAAAAUAAACUAAAUACAAAAAAGGGAUUAUAUAAACAGUAUCAACUCAGAUAGCGCAGGUAAUAAAAACUUGACUUCGAACGGACCAAUCACAGGGAAGCAUCAAGGGCCCAGGGCCGCGCAGUAGACAUCCAUGUAAAACAAACUCAUUUGAUUUUCAAAAGCAUCGAUGUAAACCUCCUGGAUGGCAUCGCGCUAAACCUUCACCGCCACUUACCUGCUCUGUUCUCUUCCAUUCACUACAAUGUGUUUUACAUGGAUAUCGACCGCGACCUCCACCUCCACCGCGACCCACUUGUUCUGUUCUUACCCUAAGGAUUGAGUGGUCUAGCCAUCUUUGUCUGUCACAUGCUCGGGAUCGCUUGGUUAAAAGAGAUAGAUAGACCACCGAUCGACUGUCCGCGCUACGCUUUUUUGCUCAGUAUGCCUUGUUUACGGUUAAUAUGUCUAUGGUCUUGACACAAGAUAAUGAGUGACGUAGAAGUUUCAGGACGCUGAGGGCAUGACCCACUUUUGUUUCUCGAAUGUAUUACCGUAAAGGUAUUCGAAUAGUGUUUCGAUCUCUGAACGAGACCGACAACUUCAUCUAUGUACUUACUUUUUGAUCAUUCAAAUGUAAUUUUAGUACUUUUUUUGGUUAAUGUUAUUUUAAAUAUUGUAACUCUCUUAUUUAGUUAUGUUGAAUUCUGUUUUCGGCUGUCUUUUCUCAAUUUAUCACAUUUAGUAUUUGCUAUUCAAAGCACUGGUAAUGGUCAAACACUGCUGAUGCGGUUCAUUGUUAAGACAGAAUUGAACAAAACGUUAGUAAUCUUGAACAGGUAUUUAUUUCCUAUCUUAUUUUUAAUUUUAGUGUUUAAUAAAAUUAUGUAUUGUAUAA